GGUUACUCACUGCCCUGGAGGUGGGGGCCGGGCUCCCGCCGGGCUCGUGCGUCCUGCGCCCGCCGAGGCGGUGCCGAGCCCGCCGGCUCCCGAUUGUCCUUCGCCGCGGCUGCGGUUGCUGCCUCUUCGCCUCCCGAGCCGGGGCCGCAGGGGCCGGAGCGGUCGCGCCUCCCGCGGGCCACGGCUGCCCGGAGCAGAAACGGCCUGCUCGAUAUAUAAAUCUUGGUGGACAGCGUGGCUGCAGGCCAUCAAGCUGGAAUUCCCUGUGACUUUCUAAGCGGAGAGGGUUUGGUGUGCGUGGUCUAAGCCUGAGGCUUGCAUCAUGCCAGCUUUAUCGACAGGAUCUGGUAGUGACACAGGUCUGUAUGAGCUGUUGGCUGCUUUGCCAGGCCAGCUGCAGCCACAUGUGGACAGCCAGGAAGACCUGACCUUCCUCUGGGAUAUAUUUGGUGAGAAGAGCCUGCAUUCACUGGUAAAGAUUCAUGAAAAGCUCCACUACUAUGAGAAGCAGAACCCCGUGCCCAUUCUCCACGGCGCAGCAGUCUUGGCUGAUGAUCUGGCUGAAGAGCUUCAGAACAAGCCAUUAAACAGUGAGAUCAGAGAGCUGUUGAAACUCCUGUCAAAACCCAAUGUGAAGGCUUUGCUUUCUGUACAUGAUACUGUGGCUCAGAAGAAUUAUGAUCCUGUAUUACCUCCAAUGCCAGAUGAUAUUGAUGAUGAGGAAGACUCAGUUAAAAUCAUUCGUCUGGUCAAAAAUAGAGAACCACUGGGAGCUACCAUUAAAAAAGAUGAGCAGACUGGAGCCAUCGUUGUGGCUAGAAUCAUGAGAGGAGGAGCUGCAGAUAGAAGUGGUCUUAUUCAUGUUGGUGAUGAACUUAGGGAAGUGAAUGGGAUUCCAGUCGAGGAUAAAAGACCUGAGGAAAUAAUUCAGAUUUUGGCUCAGUCUCAGGGGGCAAUUACAUUUAAGAUUAUACCCAGCAUCAAAGAGGAGACACCAUCCAAAGAAGGCAAGAUGUUUAUCAAAGCCCUCUUUGACUAUGACCCUAAUGAGGAUAAAGCAAUUCCAUGUAAGGAAGCUGGGCUUUCUUUCAAAAAGGGAGAUAUUCUUCAGAUUAUGAGCCAAGAUGAUGCAACAUGGUGGCAAGCAAAGCAUGCAGGUGAUGCCAAUCCCAGGGCAGGUUUGAUUCCCUCAAAGCAUUUCCAGGAAAGGAGAUUGGCUCUGAGACGACCAGAAAUACUAGUUCAGCCCUUCAAAGUUUCCAGCAGGAAAUCAUCUGGUUUUAGGAGAAGUUUUCGUCUUAGUAGAAAAGAUAAGAAAACAAAUAAGUCCAUGUAUGAAUGUAAGAAGAGUGAUCAGUAUGACACAGCUGAUGUGCCCACAUAUGAGGAAGUGACACCGUAUCGGCGGCAAACGAACGAAAAAUACAGACUUGUUGUCCUGGUUGGUCCUGUGGGAGUGGGUUUGAAUGAACUGAAACGAAAGCUGCUCAUCAGUGACACACAGCACUAUGGUGUGACUGUACCCCACACGACCAGAGCAAAAAGAAGCCAGGAAAGCGAUGGUGUGGAAUAUAUUUUCAUUUCCAAACACUUGUUCGAGACAGAUGUACAAAAUAACAAGUUUAUUGAAUACGGUGAAUAUAAAAACAACUACUACGGCACAAGCAUAGACUCCGUUAGGUCUGUCCUGGCUAAAAACAAAGUUUGUUUGUUGGACGUUCAGCCUCACACAGUGAAGCAUUUAAGGACCUUAGAAUUUAAGCCCUACGUGAUAUUUAUAAAGCCUCCAUCAAUAGAGCGCUUGAGGGAGACAAGAAAAAAUGCAAAGAUUAUUUCAGGCAGAGAUGACCAAGGUGCUGCAAAGCCUUUUACAGAAGAAGACUUUCAGGACAUGAUUAAAUCUGCACAGAUAAUGGAAAAUCAAUAUGGUCAUCUUUUUGACAAAAUUAUAGUAAAUGAUGACCUCACUGUGGCAUUCAAUGAGCUAAAAACAACUUUUGACAAAUUAGAGACAGAAGCCCACUGGGUCCCAGUGAGCUGGUUACAUUCAUAACUAAGGGAAAUUCCCACGAUCAUCUUUUUUGUAGAGUGCAUGAUGAAAUCAGUUACCAUUCUGGUGGUAGGGUUUGGUUUUUUUGUUUUUUGUUUGUUUGUUUUUUAAUCUAGAUCACUGUUGUAGAUGUGUAAUCCUGCUUAAAACUGAAUGUUGGUUUUGUUUGUAUCUUUAUCCAGCCUUAUUUCAAACACAAUAUUUGACUAUAGAUCCAAAAUCAAAAUUUGCACAGUACUGUAUUUUGAGCACAGCUUUGGACCUUCUGGUUGUCCUUAAUAUACAGCUAUAUCUCCAAGAUGAGGUUGGACUUUUUAGAGAGAAACAGCUAGAGAAUUGAUACUGGAGUUCAGUGCUUUAGUGAUCUGAGACAAAGCCUCUCCAUCACGUUAACAGUUGAAGGUAUUAACUUAGCAGCCUUGAGCCACUCCAGGCAAGCAGGACAGCUUUAUAGAUUCAUCCAGGCCAACAGUAAGGCAUCCUCUUACUGUUCUAAAAGCGCAACCUUUUUCUUACAUAUAUAUAAUAUAGUCAGAGUGUCUUUAAAAAUUUUUCUUAAAGGAAUUAUGAAACAUUUGCCUUAGUGGCCUUCAUGUUAUAUCUUGAAAAGGCCUCGUAGGACUACAUAUCAGUGGCUCAGAUAUUUAAUGAGAGAAGAUAGACUUUUAAAAAUGAUUACGUAUGUAACUAAAAGCCUAUCUUUGUGGUAUUAGUCUUUGUAAAGAUGAUGAUAUCUUGGGGCAAGUAAUGACUACAAAGGACAUUUUAAUUUAUAAAUCCUGAGACAGGAUUUCUGGAGUCACCAUCCAGUAAGUUAAAAGAAUGUGAUUCCUAUUCUAAAAGUGGAUGUUUUACUGUUAAUUGAUAGUUAAAAGGUCAUCAUUUUUCACAUGUGCAAAUGAUCAUAUAUUUAAAUCACGCUAAGAUGUAUUUUAGAAAACUUUUCAUGUAAUGUUAACAUACCUCCUCUUCAUCAUCAAAAUAAUUCUUAACACUGGUCAGAUACCAUCUUAAUCUUGCCAUUUUUAAAGAAUUUUAAGAAAGACUCUUGUAAAUAUUUAGAUGGGCUUUCUUUUCUUUGUUACUACUGAACUUCAAACAAAUCACAUAGCUCAAGAUAUUAGAAAUGUCCUAAGUUGUAUAAGAGAACAUGUCUUGCCAUUCUUGCAUGCAGUAAGACCCUGCCAAUCAAAAAUCAUUGCAUCUGUGACUUUCAAACAGAAAAUAUUUUUGUUGAUUUGUAAAGAGUUUAGAUGUCAUGUUUAAAGAAAAAUAGAAUGUAGUGAAAUUUUAUAUAUUUAUGAAAUCUUUGAAAGGCAUAUUUUUUUUAAUUAUCAAAUGGAGCUAUUCAUAAAAUAAAUUGUAUGUCAUAAUUUAAAAUAGUUUUAUAAGUCAGGGUCAACAUUCCAUGUAAAUAUUUGACCUUUGUUCAUACACAGAUAGAUCCACAAGUCUGUUAUGUGCACUGCAUAUUUGGUAGCAUUAUCCACUGGAUUUCCUUUAGACAUGUCAAAUUUCAUAUUAGAAACAGAGAUAAAAACUACUGCAAUGCCCUUGAUACACACUCAUACCAAAAUAAUCAGACUACAUGUUACUUAACAUGAUCCAAACAGUGAGUUCUAAGUUUAUAAACUCAAUAGCAAGCAAUUUAGUUUUUAAAAGACGGAGGAAGAGGGUUGCUAGACUGAUACUAAAGCCAUACUUUAAAGUUGUAUGGCUGCUCUAAGAAAAUAGAAGUCUUACGUGGAGAGUUUGGGUAGAAUAUACUCCGCUUUAAACACUGACAAAAAUUUCCUAUAAAUCAAGACUUCCUGUAUAAAGAGUACUGGGAAACAUAUAAUCAUCUAGGCAAUUGUCUGAAUAAGUUAGGCAGUCCAGAUUCUUUACUGUGGCGGCAAUGGGGUAUUUAAAAAUAUAACUGUCCAAAUCUUACUCCCUUUUCAUACUAGAAUUGAACAAUGUUUGUUUUUAAAUGAGAGGGGGCACCUUAGCAAUUUGAGAAAUCUUUGAUUAGGUAUAUGGCUUUCCAAGUGACAUUUACACGGCCAUUUUGCUGUUUAGAGAUUAGGUUAAAACCAAGGAAGGCAAGGAAGGUAGCGCCAAGGGCUCAUUGCUAACUGUUGUAGAAGGCCCUGGACUCUGCGUCUGCACUGAGACCACCACCUCCUCCUCCUCCAGCAAGGAGAUGCACAUAGCCCCCUCCACUAUACUAGUUUGGCCGGCUCCCAACAGUGUCAGCCACUAUUUGAGAGAAGAGGAAUGUUUAUAUUUUUGAGUCCAUAUAUUUAAAAUCCAAGAUUGAGAAGGAAAUUCUAUAUUCCUGUGAUUACCAAAUUAGAGUCAGUUAAACCAUAAAAAGAUGAAACUGUCAUAUUUUUUUCCCACUGUUUUACUCAUAGAGAUGUUCUUAAGGCUGACAUUCCUGGUAUCGUAUUAUGAUUGAAUGUAUCUAAAUCAUAAUAAUUUAAAAUUGACAAACAUAAUCUUCAUAGAUUUACAAAACUGUUAUUAAAAGCUUCUUAAAGAA